GGUCAAAAGCGCUGUUUGAGGGAAAAUCACUCUCCUUGUCCCUUCAAAACUUGAACUUUCUUCUUGGAGAUACAACAUAAUCAUCGCUCUCUUUCUUUUCUUUCAAAUCGUCUUCUAUAGGUUGAUUUCCCUCCUCUCUUUGUUUGUACCCUGUAAUUUGUAUAGCUACUUGUGCACUUGAGCAGAGCUAGAAUUCUCAAUCUCAAUGGGAAACGCAGUGUUUUUCCUAUUGAUUGCCUGACCUAGAAUCAAGGAUGAUACCAUCUUGUUUUCAAGUCCUACAAUUGUUGCAGUUGUUUCAAUUUGUUUACUUUUGUUUCAAGGGUGUGGAGAAUUUAUAAUACAAGAAGAUGGAUUACAAGCUGCAAAUAUUUGGGGUUAAACCCCACCUUCAAAUGGGAUCGCUGGAUGAUGGUUCAACCUGUAAGCCUGACAACAAGAGCCUCUUCACCAUGGACAAGGAUGUUGAUGUAGUUGAGAAAGGAACAUUCUCUGUUUCUUCUUCUGUUGGUGAUAGAAAUAUGAUAAGGAAUGGUGUGUAUAAGAGCAUAAAGACCGUGAUUUUCUCAAAUAAACUCAACUUGCUUAUGCCCUUUGGGCCUCUAGCAAUCCUUGUCCAAAAUUUGAGUGGUCAUAAUGGGUGGGUCUUUUUGCUGAGCUUAAUCGGUACAGCACCUUUGGCUCAGCGUUUGGGUUAUAUCACAGAGCAGUUGGCCUUUUACACUGGACCUACAGUUGGGGGUCUUCUCAAUGCUACAUUUGGAAAUGCAACAGAACUGAUUGUAUCAAUUUAUGCACUGAAAAGUGGUAUGAUACACGUUGUUCAGAGGUCAUUAUUAGGCUCUAUUUUGUCAAACAUGUUGCUUGUUCUUGGAUGUUCAUUUUUCUUUGGCGGGCUUGUAUUGAAGCAGCAGGCUUUUACUAAGGCAACUGCUACUGUAAAUGCUGGACUGCUUUUGAUGGCAGUCAUGGCCCUGCUCCUCCCAUCAGUUCUCCACAACACACAUACUGAAGUGCAUUUUGGGAAGUCAGAGCUGGCUCUUUCACGAUUUAGCAGUUGUGUAAUGCUUUUGGCCUAUGCAGUCUCUCUGGUUUUCCAGUUAAAAACUCAAAAAGAUCUCUAUGUCCCCCUCAAUGAGGAGGGAAACAAGAAUGAGAACUCAGAUGAUCCUAUUGAAGGUCCAGAAGUCUCUAAAUGUGAAGCAUUUAUUUGGCUUGCAAUCAUUACACUCUGUACUGCUGUACUAUCCGAUUACCUUGUGGAUGCCAUGGAGGGAGCAUCUGUUGCAUGGAACAUGCCAAUUGCCUUUGUCAGUACCAUCUUGCCUCCUAUUGGUGGAAACGCUGCAGCACUCACUAGUUGUAUUAUGUUUGCUAUGAAGGACAAGCUAGACAUGUCUUUAGGGGUGGCAAUAGGAUCAUCAACUCAAAUUUCCAUGUUUGUGCUUCCUUUCUGUGUGCUUAUUGGCUGGAUCACUGGGAGCCCAAUGGAUUUGAACUUUCAACUUUUUGAGACAGCAGCUUUGUUCAUAACCAUUGUAGUUGUUGCCCUUUUUCUUCUGGAAGGAACUUCUAAUUACUUCAAAGGACUAAUGCUUAUUCUUUGCUAUCUCAUAGUUGCUGCAAGUUUCUAUAUGCAUCAAGAUUCACCAGAUGAUAAAGAAAUGACAACAUGAUUGAUGAUGCAGUCAGAUUGUUGAGUGGAUUUUUGAAUCUUAGAAAAGAAAAGUGAUAGCUUUAGUCAAGAUGCUGAUGAUGAAAUUUUACAUUUUGAAGAGAUCCAUUUUCCCAGCUUCUCUUUGUGCUUGUUCAGUUAAAAUUGAGAGCAUAGCUAAUGGUUUUUGUCGGACAGAAGGUGUCUGAUGUUGUGGAGCAAUCAUUCAUUUCUCCCUCCAAUUGUGUGGAACAGAUGGGUAGAAAAGAUAAGAGCUUUUGGCUUUUGGCUGAGUCCUUUUCAGUGUACAGGGGAAGUAUUUUAAGAGCGAAAGCUACGGUACCUACCUACAGCCUACAGCAGCCUAACAAUUGUCCACAUUCUUCACUUUUGAUCGAAGCUAAGAAAAAAUAAGGGGUUUG